UUCAAGUAAAUCAAGUUUGUCGUUUACCAAUCCUAUGCAAUUGUCCUUGCCAGAACUAUCGUACACGCGCCAGUCGUUGACUGCGUUUGAACCACCAAUUCGGAAUGAUGGUCGUUCCAUUGACCAGCUACGCGCUUUGUCCGGACAAGUAAACAUUCUGCCUGGAGCCCAUGGAUCAGCUCGUGUAAAAUGGGGUUCUACAAUUGAGGUUUUAGUUGGAAUUAAGGCAGAAGUUGGUGACGCAACUAUUCACGGUGGAACAUUUCAGGCAUCUGUUGAAGUCUCUCCUGCCGUUACUAUUCAGAAUCGAGAAACAGAUAUCCUUCCAUCAUCUCUUACAAGCUCAUUGCAGGACGUUCUGGAUACACUCCCUGUAGAUUACUUAAAAUUUACACCUUCGAGAGCAUGGGUGAUUCAUGUAGACGCAAUUGUCUUGCUCUGUGCUGUCCCUAACGAAAACAUUAUUUCUGCAUUAAGUUUAGCUACUUCACUAGCUUUACAAACAACUAGAAUCCCUAAAAUCUCUACCCCGAAUGUUACUGAAAUGGUGUUAGGAAGUAGCAAGUUCGAGCCUUCUGAGGAAUAUGAUGUUGACUCAGAAUGGGAUAGUGCUCUUCCUUUGCAAGGUUUGGAGAACUUGUCUGUUAUCAUAACUGCAAGUAGUAUUGACCAUGUUUUGGUCAUAGAUCCAACGGUGGAUGAGGCCAACGUUGCUCAAGCUACCUACGCGGUAGGUGUUUUACCUGAUGGCACAAUUUCCUACACCCGAACCAUUAGUAUGGGAGGUGGGUACGCUUCCACUGGAAGAGCUAUAACUGGUGAGCGGUAUAUUUCGCUAGUCAAAGCAGCAUCUGUAGCGGGUACAAAACUGCUAGAGGCUAGUAAAUCUCUUUUAACAUUUGAGGGGUCCGGUUUUUUUGAUAUUCUUCCGUAAAGCCUUUCAGUCGUGUGCGAAAAAAGAAAAGAAAUAAAAAAUGAAUCUUUUGGAUCGGUGCAACUUGGCGUGAAUUAGAGGUCGACAAUUCUUAAACAUGCUUUGUAUAUAUAUAUAUAUAUAGAUUAUGAUUACUUAUAACAUGGGAUCAAAUAGUGAAUUUAAUUCUUUGACUAAAAAUAAAA